AUGAGGGUGAUACGGGCUGCGGCUGCACUCAACAGCAGCUGUGCUGCUAGUUCUCGGCAGGGAGCCCGCUAUGCGAGUUUGGCAUGCCGUACUGCACUUACUUCCUCGCCUUUGGCGCCAUGCUACAGUGCCCGGUUGAGUGGGCUUCGGUACUUCACUAAGACUCAUGCUCCCAGGGCUGCCAGUGCCGCUGAGGCUGCCUUGAAGCAGGCCAAGGAACUUGCUGCCGCCAACAUGACCCCCGAAGCCGCCGCCGCCCGCAUGACCCCCGAGGAGGCCAAGAGGUUGUCCAUGGUCCGAAACAUUGGUAUUGCAGCACACAUCGACAGCGGCAAGACCACCGUGAGCGAACGCAUCCUCUUCUACACCGGCCGGACGAAGGCGAUCCACGAAGUCAGGGGGCGCGAUGGUGUAGGUGCCAAGAUGGACUCUAUGGAACUCGAGAGGGAGCGAGGCAUCACCAUUCAAUCCGCCGCCACCUUUGCCGACUGGAAGAAGGUCGAGAACGGCGUCGAGGAGACAUACCACUUCAACCUGAUCGACACACCCGGCCAUAUCGACUUCACCAUCGAGGUCGAGCGUGCCAUGAGAGUGCUGGACGGUGCCGUCAUGGUUCUGUGCGCCGUCAGUGGCGUGCAGAGUCAGACCAUCACCGUCGACAGGCAGAUGAAGCGGUACAACGUUCCCCGUAUCAGCUUUGUCAACAAGAUGGACCGCAUGGGCUCCAACCCGUUCAAGGCGGUCGAGAUGAUCAACUCGAAGCUCAAGAUCCCCGCCGCUGCCGUGCAGAUCCCGAUCGGUUCCGAGAAGGAGUUCGAGGGUGUUGUCGACCUGAUCCACAUGAGGGCGAUCCGAAACGACGGUCUCCGUGGUAUCAACGUCAGAGUUUCGAACACGAUACCCGAGAAUCUCAAGGAAUUAGCCGAGCAGAAGAGGCAGGAGCUGAUUGAGAAAUUGGCCGACGUCGAUGAUGAGAUCGCCGAGAUGUUCCUCGAAGAGAAGACCCCCACCCCUGAGCAGAUCAAGGCCGCCAUCCGCCGGGCGACUAUCGGCCUCAAGUUCACACCCGUUCUGAUGGGCUCCGCCCUUGCCGACAAGUCUGUUCAGCCCAUGCUGGAUGCUGUCUGCGACUACCUCCCGAACCCCGGCAACGUCGACAACAUGGCCCUCGACCGGUCCAAGAAGGAAGAGCCCGUGAAGCUUCUGCCGUACGACUCGCUUCCUUUCGUGGGCCUGGCCUUCAAGCUCGAAGAGAACCCUUACGGCCAGCUUACCUACAUCCGCGUCUACCAGGGUACCCUGAAGAAGGGCCAGUACCUCUUCAACGCCCGCAACGACAAGAAGGUGCGCAUUCCCCGUAUCGUACGCAUGCACUCGAACGAGAUGGAGGACGUCAACGAGAUCGGUGCUGGUGAGAUCUGCGCCGUCUUCGGCGUUGAGUGCGCUUCCGGUGACACUUUUACCGAUGGUCGCCUGCCCUACGGCAUGAGCUCCAUGUUCGUGCCGGACUCGGUCAUGUCUCUCAGCAUUAAGCCCAAGCGCAGCAGCGACGCCGAUGCCUUCAGUAAAGCUAUGAACCGUUUCAUGCGUGAGGACCCUACCUUCCGGCUGCACGUCGAUGAGGAGUCAGAGGAGACCAUCAUCAGCGGUAUGGGUGAACUCCACCUCGAUAUCUACGUCGAGCGUCUGCGCCGCGAGUACAAGGUCGAUUGCGAAACAGGCAAGCCCCGCGUCGCCUACCGUGAGACUAUCAGCAAGCGCGCCGAGUACGACUUCCUCCUUAAGCGCCAGUCGGGCGGGCCCGGCGAUUACGCCCGCGUGGUCGGCUGGAUCGAGCCCAACGUGGAGAACGCCGAGGGCAACAAGUUCGAGACCAAGGUCGUCGGCGGCAACAUCCCGGACAAGUACCUCGCCGCCUGCGGCAAGGGCUUCGAGGAGGCCUGCAUCAAGGGGCCGCUGCUCGGGCAUAAGGUCAUCGGCGCGCACAUGGUGGUCACCGACGGCGCCACGCACGUCACCGAUUCCAGCGACUACGCUUUCAACUUGGCCACGCAGAUGGCGUUCCGCAAGGCCUUCCCCGACGCCGGCGGCGCCGUGCUCGAGCCGCUCAUGAAGACCACCAUCACCGCCCCCGCCGAGUUCCAGGGCAACAUCCUCAUGCUCAUGAACAAGCGCGGCUCCAUCGUCGACACCGAGGUCGGCGCCGACGAGUUCACCAUGAUAGCCGAGUGCAGCCUGAACGCCAUGUUCGGCUUCAGCACCCACCUGCGCGCCGCCACACAGGGCAAGGGCGAGUUCAGCAUGGAGUUUAGCCACUAUGCUCCGGCGCCACCGCAUUUGCAGAAGGAGCUUGUUGCUCAAUACGAAAAGGAGCUCGAGGCCAAGCGGAGCAAGUAA